CAACACGGAAAAUCGGAAACAUCAAAAAGAACCAAACUCAAACCAGAAAACGCUUCAUCGUAACCUGCGAACUCCACUCUCUUCCACUUCUACUUUCAGUUUCACCUUCUCCAGAGAAUAACCCAAAAUCAGUUAAAAUAAAAAGAACCUUUUUUUUUUUUUCAACCGAGUUCUUGAGUUACUACCGUGUGCGCCACCGUGCGCAGCCUGCGAUGUUGCCGGCGCCGCCGGGAGUAACAACCGUGGUGGUGAGAAUCUCGCGCUACAGAUCGUGCGGCGCACAUUGAGCCACGUGGGACCCACCGAUGGAACCAACCCAAGCCCAAACCCAAACCAAGCUCACCCGAACCCAAUCCUCGCUGCUUCGGUGUUCCUCCCCGACCACGCGCUCUUCCAUCCAUAGCCUCUCUUCCGUCAACGAGGAAGACUUUUCCGACGAGUCAUCGAGCAAGAGAAAGAGCAAACCGGUUAAAGCUAGAACCGCUUCGAUCCGGUUCGGACCGGUUCUCGGUUUAUUCAGCGCGUGCACGCUCUUUUCAUACUUCUUCUAUCUCGGGGCCCGAGCCGGGCCCACCUCCGAGAACGUGCUGGUGGUGCUGGUUUUUCUCGCGGUGGUUCUCUACUUCGCGAACCGGAACAAGGUGUUGAUCCAGCGAACCGUUUCGGUUCUGAAGCAUGCCUGGGAUGGGAACUUGAAAAGGCUCGGUUUUUCUGCAAAGGGUAGUGAGAAGCCGGUUCAGUGGUUCAUUGGGGAUGCCACCGGUUCAGUGGUGAGGAGGGAGAACAAAAAUAAGUAUAAGAAUAGGAAUAAGAAUAAGGGUAAUGAUGAUGAUGGUGAGGGGGUUAGGAGAGAGGGGGUGGAGUUUUAUAGUAAUGGGGAUUUUUAUGAGGGGGAGUUUCAUGGAGGGAGGUGUAAUGGGAGUGGGGUGUAUCACUAUUUUGUGAGUGGGAGGUAUGAGGGGGAUUGGGUUGAUGGGAGGUAUGAUGGGUAUGGGAUAGAGAGUUGGGCUAGGGGGAGUAGGUAUAAGGGGUGUUAUAGGCAGGGUUUGAGGCAUGGUUUUGGGGUUUAUAAGUUUUACACUGGGGACUCUUAUGCUGGGGAGUGGUGUAAUGGCCAGAGUCAUGGGUUGGGAGUGCAGUCUUGCUCUGAUGGGAGUUGUUAUGUUGGGGAGUUUAAGUAUGGGGUCAAGCAUGGACUUGGAUGUUACCAUUUCAGGAAUGGAGAUAGAUAUGCUGGAGAGUACUUUGGAGACAAAAUACACGGAUUUGGGGUCUACCACUUUGCCAAUGGCCACUGUUAUGAAGGAUCAUGGCAUGAAGGUCGAAGACAAGGUUAUGGCGUGUAUACUUUUAGAAACGGUGACAGAAAAUGUGGUGAAUGGGAUGCUGGCAAUCUCAAGCUCUCUCUACCACCGCUAUAUGAUGCUAUCCUUCGUGCAGUUCAGGCUGCUAGGAAAACUGCUGAAGAUGCUAUAAAGCUUCCCCGGAAGGAUGAGCAUGUGAACAAAGCAGUAAUUGCUGCAAACAAAGCAGCCACUGCUGCUAGAGUUGCUGCAGUGAAAGCUGUCCAGAACCGAAUGGGUGGAAAAUUUUGCGAUAUUGAUGUCUAAGAGAUUAGGUGUUAGCUUAUGUUUGGAAUUGUAAAUUUUUAAUACUAAUUUCAAGUAUUUGGAAGAUGCCACCCCGGUGAGCAAAAGCUCAUUGGAGGUUGAAGAGUAUGUUCUCAUGAUGUUUGUUUCACAACACAACUUGUAUAUAAACCCAUGUAUAUCAAUGAAAAAUGAUGAUGCAUUUUCUAAAGUAAAACCAUGUUCUCGGUGAAAGGAAGAACGUGGUUGGGGAAUCAAGGGGUGGAAAGCUUGCAUUGUGAAAACCAAAGUGAAAAGCUUGCAUGCUUCAUCCCUCAAAAUAAAGGCUAUUAAUUUAAUGCUACCUACUCUCUUUUGGCCUCAAGAAUGCUACUAGUAUCUUGUAUGAGAUGUCAUCCUAAAUUUGGUUAGCACGAGGACUGGCUCCUCUUUUUGAUGAUCAGUCACUGCAUCAGUGCUUUGGGUGAAGGAAUCCAUGCUAGGAUAGUAGGAUUGCAAUAAUUUUUUUCAUUUAAUUACUCAUUUCGUGUUUAUGCAUGUACAAUUACAUUUUAGUCUUUAAAUAUACAACUUACUCGAAUUAGUCCUUAUA